CAGCCUUUCAUUAAAAAGCACAAUUCUUUCCAACAUUCAAAAUGUCCCCCCCAACCAACACCAACACCAUAACCGUCACCCUCCCCCAACUAUCCAAAACAAUCGACCACUCCCUCCUCCACCCCACCAUGACCGACAGUGACCUAACCACCGGGUUACAAAUCGCGCGCACCCAAAACGUCGCAACCGCAUGCAUAAAACCCUAUGCGAUCCCCCUCGCCCUCACCGAGCUCCGCGACACCACUGUCCGGAUCUGCGCCGUGAUCGGCUUCCCGCACGGCAACAGCACCAUCGCCAUGAAAGUGCACGAAGCUGGGGCCGCAGCGGAGGCCGCGGGACCGGGCAGUGAGAUCGACAUGGUGGUUAAUGUUGGGAAGGUACUCAGUGGGGAGUGGGGGUAUGUGCGGGCUGAGAUCGCGGGUGUGAAUGAGGCGGUGGUGAAGGCGGAGGCGACGCUGAAGGUGAUUUUUGAGAAUGAUUAUCUGGCGGAGGAGCAUGUUGUGGCGCUUUGUGAGAUAUGUACGGAGGUGGGGGUGGCGUUUGUGAAGACUUCGACGGGGUAUGGGUUUGUGAAGCAGGGGGAUGGGUCGUAUAAUUAUAAAGGCGCGACGGUGAAGGAUCUGAAGCUGAUGAGGGAGAAGGCGGGAGAGAAGGUGCAGGUUAAGGCCGCUGGGGGCGUGCGGACUCUGGAUGAUUUGCUGCAUGUGAUGAGUUUGGGGGUUACGAGGAUUGGCGCAACGGCGACGGUGGCGAUUUUGGACGAGGCGAGGAGGAGGGGAAUUGGGGAGGAGCCGACGGCGGUGGAGUUUAAGCCGAUGGGGGAGGAUGAAGUAGGUGGCUAUUAG